UGCUAUAUGUUGAACGUGGAAGACACUUGGUGCACGGUUGCACGCCGUAAAUAACGCCCCGAUUCUUUCUCCACUCGAGAGGUGCAAAAAAAAAUUCAAUCGUAGAAUCGAAAAAAAUAACCGGUUUACGAGUGAUCAGGGUAAUUAUUAUUUGGAGGAGCAGUAGGCUCACAAGUGGUUGAAAAUGGUCGGUGGUGUUGUGGAGGAUGGACCACUGAUUACCCCAGUUGAAUCAGUAUCGAAGAAUACUGUUGUCGGGGUAUGUGUGGCCCUGGCAGCAUUGGCAUGCGCCGCCGCGAUGACCUGGUGGUACUGCCGACGGCGCCGAGAGCACAUGAAGUUGAGCAUAGACAAGUCCCUGGCGUUUAGACCCCCCCAUCGCAAGCCGACAGCUGUCAAGAGCCCUGGCAGUACAACCCAUUACCUGAAGAAGAGUCCCAGUCCCACGGGUCCAGCUAAAUCACCACCGGGAUCAGGUGGACAGACACCCUCACCCACUGGCUCCCAGCAUUCACCGCACUCCAAUAAUCCAGCGUCCAAUCCCAGAACUCCAGCGGGACUGUCACCACUCCAGACACCCUCCGGUGAUGUCACCAUCAUUAUUGAGAAUGAAAAGGACAAGGCAGAGUUGGAGUCCAGUGAGAAAGUCGAACGGGGACUUGUCAAUGGCGAGCACAGGGAUGGACUCGGACAGUUGGUCUUCAAACUUCGAUAUCAAGCCGAUCAGAACGCGCUUGUUGUCACUGUUGUAAAAUGCAAGGGACUUCCUGAGAGGGGAAUGCAGAAUUCCACGAGCGAUCCUUAUGUCAAACUGCAACUCCUGCCUGACAAACAGGACAGGGUCAAGACCAGGGUACUCAGGAACACACGUGAUCCAGUCUAUGAUGAGGACUUUACGUUCUUCGGAAUUUCAAAGACUCAACUGCAGAAAAUCACUCUUCACUUCGUUGUGAUGAGCUUCGAUAGAUAUUCCCGGGACGACAUGAUCGGCGAGGUGGUCUGCGCCCUGUCAUCAGUCCAGGGCCUCGAGGACGCUGACAAUCAGCAGUUGUCUCUCUGCCGGGAGAUCUGCCCCCGCAUACUGAAAAUUCAAUCACAAGGACGAGGAGAACUACUCGUCUCUCUCUGCUGGCAGCCAGCGGUGAAUCGUUUGACUGUCGUGGUGCUCAAAGCCAGAAAUCUCCCGAAGAUGGACGUUACCGGGCUGGCCGAUCCCUACGUGAAGAUUUAUCUCCUCUACAACUCACAGCGCAUCGCUAAGAAGAAGACUCACAUCAAGAAGCGAACGCUGAGUCCAGUGUUCAAUGAGUCUUUCGGUUUUGACAUACCAAAUGGUACUGAUGGCCUGGCGAACGUCAGUCUCGAGUUCAUGCUGUUGGACUGGGAUCGAGUUACAAAGAACGAGGUCAUUGGACGGCUCGAGCUGGGUGGCACCAAAUGCCAGGGUUCAGCGCUCACCCACUGGAACGAGGUUUGCAGUUCACCGCGACGACAGAUCGCCGAUUGGCACAAACUGCGGGAGUAACCCCCGCACCUCAGCCAGUAAUAUCCUAAAUUUCCAACUUCCUCAGGAUCCUCCACACACUCAUUGAAGAAUGACAAGCACUCGAUUUUAAAAAAUCAAUUAACAUAGCAUUCCUUCGAUGACGAUGACCACCGCGAGGAGAAAAUUAUCAGUUUUAUAAAGGAGACGAAGGACAAGUGGAUUGAAAUUCCGAUUGUUAACCCGAUUGUGGGAAAAAAAAAUCUUUCACUUAACAUUUGGAGGGCCUCAUAGUCACGGUGAUUGGGGCGAGUUGAUGGUAAAGUCCGGAAAGUUCCCGAUUUUAUUGGGAUAAAGCUCAGAGCUUUUGGCACUCACGGGAGGUCUAGAAUCCUGGGUUGAGACCUCAGGGUGACCUGGGAACGAUUCGAGGGGACAGAUAUCAUUUACAAAGAUGUAAGACAUUUCCCGGUAGAGCAUAAUUUCCCAAAUUUUUUUGCUUAAUAAGUCCCAGCAGCUCUGGAUUUAUUCUAAAUAAAUUCAGGAGCCUUCAGACUUCGCCCAAAAAAUUAUAAAAAUUCGAAAGCUCGAAUGCUCUGAAAUUUGACGAUAUAAACGCAUAUUAUCAUAUAAAUGUAAUCGAUAAUCCUGAUCAGGGGAGAUGGAAAAUUACAAGGAUCAUCGUGUGGCGCAGGAGUGUAUGACGAUGGCACUGAACGUCAUUAAUUUGCAUUAAUUACCUCUUAAUUGCCAAUUAAAAUUUUAUUUUAUUUUUCACUAGAAUGAGAAGGUAACGAUGAAUUGGCACGUGAUCGAGGGCUUCAGCGGUCUACGAGGCGAUUGUAAAUAUGUAAUUGAUGGUGAAAAAAUUGUGAGGAGAUACGUCAUUAAUUAACGCAUUCAAGCCCACCACAAUGUACCUCUUAACCAUUUAAUUUGCUUUUAUUACGUUUGAUUGAGCCGAAAUCACUGAAUCGCCCAGAUAUCAAUCACGUAAAAUUAUUUGUUAUUAUUUAAUAUGACUAUUUAUUAUUUAUUUAUUUAUUUUUAUAAUUAAAAAACGAUAAACUAUUGUGCAACGAUAAUUCAUUCAGUGGAGAUUUUACACAAAUUUCUCGACGGUAUGAAAACCCAUUUUGUCUUUUUAUUCCCAACGAAUCAAUGAUUUACUCGAUUAACUCAAUCAAUCAGUUAUAAAUUACGUGCGUCUGUUGGGCAACACAUACAGCACUGAAAGUAACUGAAACGUCGAAACAAAACAUAUAUCAUGAAGACUUAAGGGAUAUAUCGAAAAGGAGCAGAAUGUUGAAGAGGGAAAAAAAAAUUUUAUCAUUAGAUCACUCAGAGAUGAGAGCAGCAUUGCAAUUCGUGUGUCUCGAUAUUUAUUUAAUUAAUUGCUAUACAAAAAUCAUAACGAUAAUAAAAAAUGGAAAAAAAAAGAAGUGAUUAUGAUUAAGUAGCUGGUAGUUUACAUCAAUAUGCUUUGUCCCUUGUUUCUAUUGGACUGAUACAUCCGAUUUUAUUGAAUUGUUUUCGGUCAAUAAUCCUUUCAGUAUUUUGUCAAAUCGGUCUAACGAGUUCAAUGAAAACAAGAGAUUUGCUGUGUAACAUAUGGACUCUUGAUAAACAAAUAUUGUCACCGUCGGAGAUGUUUAUUAUCUAUUUUUAGAAUUCAGUCAGUGUUUAGUGAAAUGCGUUAGUUCAGUUUUAGAUUUUUUAGAUGUUAUUGGUCGGGUAGAGGUGAUUAUGGGUUGAUUUUUAUUAUGAGUUCCCGUUGAAGAGGAGUAUUAUAUGAUUUCUGCGAGGACGGUAUCAUUUUUACAUUAUAACAUGUGGACGACACAGUUCAUGAUUUACGGCAUGAUGUAUGUCAAAUAUUGAGGCUGUGCAGUCAAUAAAAUGAUUAAAAAUUAA